UGGCGCCCACACACACCCCUGCAAUUGCUGGGGUGCGCCCCCGGCCAGCGACCCCGCCGCAGAUGCGAUGCGAAGGCCAGGAGCGGCACCCCGGGGGGCUCCGCCGUCCCCAUUCCGCCCCUACCCCUCGGAGGAACAAAGGCGGGAGGUGGGACCCGCAAGCAGCCAGACUCCGUGGGGAGGGAUGGGGCGGGGCGGGGCGGGCGACUCCGCCGCCUUAAAGCCGGGUGGCUGGCGUGCUGCGCACCCCUCCGGCGCCGGCUCCUGCAGCGCGGGGGACUUCCGCUCCGUCCUGGGUCUGCGCUCCGGGUCAGCUCGGGCACAGGUCUCCCACACUCCGGGCCCGCAGCGGCGCCGCUUCCCCGCCCAGCAUGGGGCUGCCUCGGAGAGCCGGGGACCCGACGGAGCUGCGCAAGAGCCUGAAGCCGCUGCUGGAGAAGCGCCGCCGCGCGCGUAUCAACGCAAGCCUGAGGCAGCUCAAGGGGCUCAUUCUGCCGCUGCUGGGCAGGGAGAGCUCCCACUACUCGAAGCUGGAGAAGGCGGACAUCCUGGAAAUGACCGUGCGCUUCCUGCAGGAGCUGCCUGCGUCCUCCUGCGCGGCGGCAGCGCCCGAGCCCUCGGACAGCUACGGUGAGGGCUACCGCGCCUGCCUGGCCCGUCUGGCGCGCGUGCUGCCGGCCUGCCGCGUUCUGGAGCCCGCCGUGAGCGCCCGCCUGCUGGAGCACCUGCGGCGGAGGGCAGCCGGCACCACCCCCGAUGGCGGGCGCGAUGGGGAUUCCUGCGGCCCUCCCGCGCCUUCCCCGUCGCCCCCGCCUGCGCCCGCGCCGCCUGCGCCUCCCCGCGGCACCGGCCUCUGGAGGCCCUGGUAGCCCCCUCGCCAGUCCACGGACCCUGCUGAUUGCAAGAGACCCGGAGCGCUGGGCAGACUGAGGAAACUCGUGGUGUCGGCUGCUGUUUCCGCCACGAGGGACCAGCUGGGCACCUACCACCAGGCUGGAACCUGGAUGUUUGUGAUCUGUGUGGCAGACUGAAGGCCUUGCGGACUCAGCUCGAGGAAAUAGGGAGAGCAGCCCAACCUCCUGCAUGCAUCUGAGCUGGAGAAGGGGGCCGCUGGUUGCCGGGGAAGGAAGGAGCUCCCCUCCUCAGCUGCCGCGAGUGGCUCUAGAACUGCGCCAGCUACGUGUGGGCAGCCCGCACACCUGUCCCAGCAAUGGCAGCAGCCCAUGGCCUGGGCCAGGAGCUCACCUGAACCUGGUGCAGCCCUCUAUUCUGACUGAGCCUCCUUACAGCUCAGCUUGGUCACCUCUGGACACACAAUAGCAACCGCCUGAGGGGCUCUGCGCCGGGCAGCCAUCACCUCCACUCCCGGGCUCUCCUGUCCUGCGCUUGCAUUGAAAGGGACAGGGUGCAGCCAGGGCUCCCUGUUGCUGGGGGUGGAGGCAUGGGAAGAUGGCCUUGGGAAGGACUUAUUUCCCCAAGCAUUCAGUCACCGCCUAUGUAUCGCGCAGCAGUCUAGGGGGGGCUUGGCGUGUGAGGAAGGGGUGGGAUAAGAAGGACGGUGCCCUGUGGCCUCAAGGAAGCUUGAGUCAGUGCCAAUGUGAGGUGAGCAGGCCUAUGUCCUGGAGCGGCAGAAAUUCCAUCUACUUGCAGAUAACAGCAAGUAAAGGAACAGGAAACACCUUUCUCUGUUUUCUCUUGCAAACUGCUCCCUGCUACUUGUCAGGACAGGUUACCAUAAGCCGCUUGUUCUUCAGAUUUCUUGUCCCUCCGCCCGGAAGCAAGGGGAGUCUGAGGAGACUCAGGGAGGGGCCUGUGGCCCCCAGUCACGGGUGCCCAGGAGAAGGCACCUGAGGCCUGCUGGUCAUGCUUCUGGUUCACGGGGUUCACUGAGCACUCGAGGGAGGUUGGGACUCCCAACUGUCCCCAGUCCAACAUCCUGAGCAAGGGACCAGGGCACUAGGGACAAGAGGAGCUGCCGGGGUGGGGGUGUUCACUCCAUCCAGCUAUGCCACAAAAACCUCUAGUGACCUGGGCACUGAUUUGGGCGGCCAGAGGUGGGAAGCUGUGGGCGUUAUCCAAGGAGUCAAUGUUAAGACAGCAGGGGAGCCCCCAGCCAGGUGUGCUGUCCUGCGUCCUCGUAGGCUCCUGGAGGGCAGGGCUGGGGCUGAGCCUACCUCUGUGUCCCCAGGGAACUCAGCACGUGGUGGCGGAUAUCAUGAGCUAACAAACAGGUGAUGUCGCUGGACCACAGCUGAACUGAACCCUUUUGCCUCAACUCCCACCCCCAGUCCCUAAUGUCAAUUUGAAUAUCUGUUCCACCAAAGCCUGUGUACUCUGGGGACAAACGUGGGGGAGGGUGUGGAGAGCAGAGAGAGCAGUGUCUGCUUGCUUCCCUGCUCCUGAGAGUGGGAGCCUGCUCCCCCGAGCUGCUAGGAGCAAGUGGAGGAGGGGCAGGUAACCCACAAGCCCACACCCACCACAUAAUGUCAAGUUUCCUCAUUGGGUCAAGGACUCCGCGUUGGGCACACCCUGAGCAGACUCCUUUUUCCUAAUAAAUAGGAGCUUUCCAAACAGCUUUGAACUCCGUAAGAACUGACCAAACUGAGGCCCCCUUUCCUCGGUUGGGUCAUAUUUGCCACUUCUGGCUUCCAAGCCCCUGAUUCCAAUCAAGCUAUAAUACAAGCAGUCAGGGAGGAUGGGAUUGUAGACAGGCCAGUGACUCACAGGCUCAGGUGUUCCAGGGAAACCUGAACCAGGCGGCCCGCCGGGCCCUGGCAGGGAGCUGAGGCAUGACCAGGUGGGUGAGGUUCUGGGCCCACGGCGAGAAGCUGGUUUCCCAGCAGGGAUGGGCAAGAGUUGCCCAGAAGGUCUAAGCUGGGCUUAUGAAAUAGGGAGAACACCGGCCUCCUCUACCGGACGCCUGCAGGCACCUCCCCAGGUGUUUCAGAAGGUGAGCACAGGGCAGCGCAGGCUUUUUCUAUGUGGGCGUGAGGCUGCCUCACUCAGGGGCAUUUCGUGAGCUUUGACAAGGCCCACAUCGUGCCCACUGGUCAGCUCUCAUGAUGCCCUCUCUGCUAUGGUCCCAUGACUGAUCUAACUCUCGAACUCUGUCUGGUUAUCACGCUUGGUUGGAGAAAAGGCUCCUGUGUCUCUCAUAAACCAGUGGGUGAAAUGAUCCAAUGACCAGAGCACAGAGCUGUCUGGGAAACUCAGGCUGGGGCCAAACCCCACAUGUCCCCCCGGCGCCAGUUAAUUUGAAGAGGUCAAAUCUCGCUUCCAGGGGCGAGGAUAAAGAGCAGGUUGCCAAGGAGGUCUCCUUUAAUAAACAUUUGCAAAUUGCUCUGUUCUGCCUGUGACGCCCAGACUCUGCCAAUGAGUCUCCCACUGGUUUCUCUAAUAGGAUCAGAAUGAACAUAGCCUGUGGGGAAUGUCUGGAGAAAUCUGCAGCUCUGCAGGACCCUCCCCAUCAUGCUUUGGGAUGACCACUCUGGAGAUACUGGUGGGACCGAGGGGGGCUUCCCCACCAUCCUUCUAUUUGAAACACCAACAUGUGGCUGUAUUUACUUUCAAAAAACACCCCAGGUUACUAUAGAAGUCCCAGAGAAGAGCUAACCCAGCCAAUGGCAUUUUUUCCUCUUGGUUUUACUUCUUGCCUGGCUGCUUACCAGUGCGGCAGUGUCUCGGGGGUACUGACUGAGUACUUUCAUGUGUGUGUGUGUGUGUGUGUGUGUGCGCGCGCGCGCGCUUGCACAUGUGUGUCCGGGCACAGCCAGGUGACCGCCCUGCAGGGAGCUGCCUGGGCAUGUGAUGAGGAGGAGAAGGCUGCCACCCACUGAGGGUUCCCAGUGAACUACUAGUUUCACUCUGGGUUUUGAGAGGCCCUGGCAAAGCCCCAGGUGCUUCAGGCAACUGUAAUUAAACUUUGAAUGGUUUCAAGGGCGUGAGAAAGGCACUUAAUGGGCACGCCCCAUGUGCAUGUGUGGUGUCUUGUCACUGAGAUCCAUCCAGGGGCAGGAGGGAGCAGGGUCCCGGCGGCUGGUCACAGGAGCCUGCUUUGGGAGGCAGGGUUCCCUGGCCUGCGGGCGAAGGAAGGAGAUUUGGAGCUGAGCACAGGCCCACUGCUGGUUCUUCUGGAGGCUCCGUCCAGAGCCACCCACCAUGGGGCUUGGUAUAUUACAAACCUGAGGGAGACUAGGGCUUCUUAAAGAACAAAGAACCAUUCUAGACCUCAGAAAUCAGAGGCAGAUCCAGGUUUC